AAUAUCUCCUUCAUUUACAAUAGUAAUAAAACAAGUCUGGAGUACAAUGAGUAUUACCCACCUGAAAUGCGAAAAAUUUGAAGAAAAAUCCUUUUGUAAAUUCACAAUACACACUAGUCAUUACAACAUUAAUUGUACCCUUAAUAAUUGAGACUUAACUAAAUUACAUAAAUCUCUUUCUGUUCGUUCAAUUGAUUUAUUUAUUUAUUUAUUUGCGUUCAUACGAAAUGAAUAUUAUUGCGAUUAGAGAGUUACCCAGUAUAUAUGUACAUAGAAUCUAUUAACACCGAGAAGGAUAUACACAUCGAACUGUUAUUUGUGCGACGAGUUAUCUCUAGUAAGAGACAGUCAGACGGUCAAUUUCUCAUCUGGGUUUCGCUUGGAAUGUCUUAAUAAUGGAAACUUUCAUCUCGAAAUAUUUGACCGGAAGAAUGUUGUAUAUAAACGUGGCUGUUUGUUUGUCAAUGUUAUUAUUGAUUGUUGGCUUAUCCGUUGGAUUAAAUGGAAAUCAAUUGAAAGGUAGCGAUAUAUUAGAUUUGGCACCUCUUAUCGAUGGACACAACGAUUUACCAUUUAAUUUGUACGAGAAAUUGAAUAACAAUUUAACAGAAUUCCCAUUUGAAAAGUUACUCGUUGAUGAUCCAGUUUGGGGAAGAGAAGCAUGUUCAACGUGUUACACGGAUUUACCGCGUUUAAAAGCUGGAAAAGUUGGUGGACAAUUUUGGGUUGCAUACGUGCCGUGUAAUUCUCAAUACAAAGAUGCAGUACAAUUAACACUUCGGCAAAUAGACGUGAUCAAAAGAUUUAUAGAUCUUUAUCCAGAACAUUUGCAAUUGGUUAAAUUUGCCAAAGAUAUUGAAGUUGUUUGGAGAAAUGGUCGAAUUGCAUCGAUGAUCGGGGUUGAAGGUGGUCACUCUUUAGACUCCAGUUUGGCUAUUUUGAGGAUUUAUUAUGAAUUGGGAGUUCGUUAUGUUACGUUAACGCAUACUUGUAAUACGCCCUGGGCUGAUGCAUCGCCCAUUAACGACGGAUAUCUAUACAAUCUAACAGAAUUUGGAAAAACAUUCGUUCACGAAAUGAAUCGUCUUGGUAUGUUAAUCGAUCUCUCACACGUUUCCCACAACGUUAUGAGACAAGUUCUAGCUAUUUCAAGAGCACCCGUUAUAUUUUCUCAUUCCUCUGCAUUUGGCAUCUGUAAUAAUUAUCGAAAUGUUCCCGACGACGUCCUGCGCUUGGUUGGGGAAAAUGAAGGUAUCGUUAUGGUGAAUUUUUACUCGCAAUUUGUUAAUUGCAAUACAUCCAGAAAUGCAACUAUGCAAGACGUCGUUGAUCAUAUUAAUUACAUUAGACAAAUUGUUGGAGUAAAUCAUGUGGGUAUUGGCGCCGAUUAUGAUGGCGUAAAUGCAGUACCUGAAGGCUUAGAAGACGUAUCAAAGUACCCUUCCUUAUUUGAACGUUUGUAUGGACAGCAUGAAGGAGAGCCGGAAUGGAGUAGGGAAGAUUUGGAAAAAUUAGCUGGAAGAAAUUUCAUCAGAGUUAUGACAAAAGUAGAAAUGGUACGUAAUUCAAUGUCGUCGAUUCCGCCUAUCGAAGAUAUUAUAAAUGCACAAGAUUUGUUUGAAGCGCAAAAGAAUGCUGGACUUGAACCAGGAUUAUGUCAAACUGCAAAAGAAUGGAAUGAGAUAUUAUCUUCGAAUAUUGACAAUUCCACUGUACCAUCUAAACCGACUCAAUAAUAUUAGCAGAAAAAAGAAAAAGUAUAUUAUCAAA